AUGUCCAGCACGGAAAACGUCGACCUCUCGCAGAUCUUGACUCUUGACUUGUUUGAGUCGCUGCGUCGAGUGCACCUGCCGUGGCCCGAGGACCAGCCUUUAAACUUUAGCGUUGUCACAAAGCCUAACACGCGCCCUGAGUUCUACAAGCUCGCGUUCCACCCUGCACUGAAGCCGCUCUCUACGCUCGGCUUGGGCAACGUUCCCGACUUGAUGCAGUUCCUGCCCCCGCCUGAGGUGCAAGACUUUCCUUCCAAGGCUCUCGGGCUCGUCCUCCUGCUCGACCAGGCCCCGCGCUCUAUCAUCCAUGGCGGGGUCAGCGAUCGAUACACUUUUAGUUACUUCGACGUGCUCUGCGAAAAGCUGGUGGGGCAGCUGUACACGCUGCCGGCGCAUCUCCGGCCGGAUAACAUGGAGCGGCUCAUGUCGCAGGGCUGGGGCUACGGCUACGCGAUGGUGGCCCGCGUGUGGUUCCUCGCGCCGCUUGUACACUCUGAGAGCCUCAGCGCCCACGAGAAGGCACUCGAGCUUAACGAAGGGAUACGCACUGACGUCGAGAAGCGCGUCGGGAAAACCGACGCCAAUCGUGCCACGGAUAAGACCUCAACGACAUCUUCGCGUUCCCCGUGA